AAAGAUGGCUGCGCCCAUGAGAACUAUCCGUCGUGUCGUGAUGUGAUAAUGAUUUAUGUUCUUUUCGAUAAAACAAACAAUUAAACAUGGGUAAAAAGAAACAAGCCAAGCAAGAGAAAAUUCAACCUGCAGACGACAGCGCGAAAAUCAAGAAAAAUAGAGAAGAAAAGGGAAAGAAGACUUACUCUCUACCAAAGUCUGGAGAUAAAGCUGGUCAAGAUGAAAAAGAGAGCAGUGAAAAGAUCAAGGUACCACGCGAUCUGGAACAGGACAUCAUCCAGCUGAUAAAUGAUGAACACGCACAGACUACGAGGACCAAAGAACUUAGCAAGCGUAUCACCAAUAAAAAACUCAUGGAUAUGUACAGCAGUCUACAGGGAGCUGGGUUCAGUCACAAUCAGAUUGAGCAGGCCAUGAGUAACACUGUUACCUACGGAGGGGAUCUAAUAGACAGCCUGGAUUGGCUCUGUCUCAACCUGGCUAAUGAUAAACUUCCAAAAGGAUUUUCUGAAACGUUGGAAAAAGAAGAAAUAAAAACUCGACCAAAGUUUGAAAGAAAAAAGUUUGAAGAUAUCACCAUGUCACCGCUGCCCCCAACAGCAUCCUCAGUUGUAGACACGAGCAUGGCUCCAGAAAACACAAAGACACAGGUUCCAAAGGAAGCCCAGAUGAAGGACUGGAUCCUUCAGUACACGGAGCAAUCAUCUGAUGAGGAGGGUGAUGAGGAGGAGGAUAUAGAAGAUAUACAUAAUAUAGAUCCUAAUGAGCGAUAUUUGGAGCUGACUGCCAAGUUACUAGAUGCGAAAGAAGAGGCUGCACAGGUAAAAAAGGAAGGUGACAAAGUCCGACAGAGGGAGCUUGGACAGAAAAUCAGGAAGUUAUUAACAGAUAUGAAUGUUUUGGAAAGUGACCCUAAAUUUGACCCAGCUGUGAAAAUCAAAGAUUUGGAUAAGGAAAAAUCUGAUGGGGAAACACCUACUUCUAGUGCAGGUCAACCAGACAUGUUAGCAGGUGGAUGUCAAGGUCAGACUGGGAAUCAGACAGAGGAAAAACUGGCAGAGGCUAGUGGUACAUGUAAAGGUCAAACCAAGGUCAAAGAUAAUGAAGAUGAAGAAUGUACAGGAUUUGCAUUAUUUGAAGAAAUGGCUGCCAAGGAGGAACCAAAGAAAAUCUCCUCAGUAAAGGUAGCACAGGAUGUGCGUGACUUUGAGUACACUCGUCAACAAUGGACAGGCAAGUCUCCGAAACAGUUCCUCAUUGAUUGGUGUCGCAAACACAAGUGUGAGGCUCCAAAAUACUAUAAGGUCCAGCAUCGUGGCAGCAAGUGGGCUAGCAGGUGUAUGGUUGAUCGUAAAAAGGAUGGUAAGCUGGAAGUAGUGCCUGAAAUUCUAUGUGAAAAUAUCAAGGAAGCUGAACACCUGGCAUCAACACUUGCUUUGUACGAGUUGUGCAAGGGUCAGUCUGUCCACCAGCUGUUACCCCCGCCAUACAGGGCAGUAUGGUUGGAAUGGCUCGACCGGGAGAAAGAAGAAGCUGCUUUAGUCAAACAGACUGAGAACAAGCCCCGGGACCAAUUCAUUAGUAAAUUGAUGAAAAAACUCAAAAUAUCAGUCAAUGUUAUGGAAACAGACCCUGAUGAAGAAGGUGAUACUGUUGUCGAGUCCUGGGAAGACCUGGACGAUAUGGAGAGUUCGGAGUUUGAGGACUCUGCUGACGAAAAAGAUGAGAAAACAGACAUAAUAUCAGAACCUCCUGUGAAUGAUAUUAGGUCUCAUCCAACAAAAUCGCGGCGAAGGACUGGAACAUUAUCAGGUAUAGAAAUGAAGGGUCUGUAUGAACGCCGGAGACAGUCAGGAGGAUUCCGGUCCCUGUUACAGACGAGGCAGGAACUUCCGGUGUAUAAACAUCGUACUGCUAUAUUGGAUAUUAUAACUGGACAGAGUGUAGUGGUGAUCGCUGGGGAAACUGGCAGUGGAAAGAGUACACAGAUACCACAGUUUAUACUGGAGCACUUUGUGAGCCAGGGACAGGGACAGAAAUGUAACAUUGUGUGUACAGAGCCUCGAAGAAUUUCAGCUACAAGUCUCAGCCAUCGUGUCUCCCAGGAAAUGGGCGAAGGCACACUUGGGAGUCAUGACUCACUGGUCGGGUAUCAGAUUCGCUUUGAGUCUAAGUGUAGCCCAAACUCUCAUCUGGUGUAUUGUACGACUGGCGUUCUGCUUCGGAGGCUGCAGACAGAUCCAACAAUACAAGACGUGACCCACAUUGUUGUGGAUGAGGUCCACGAGCGAAGUGUUCAGUCAGACUUUCUCCUAAUCAUCCUGCGGCGCCUCUUGUUGGUUCGGACAGAUCUCAAAAUCAUCCUGAUGAGUGCUACGUUAGACAGUGAAAAAUUCUCAGCAUAUUUCCACCAUUGUAGUGUCAUCAACAUCCCGGGCCGAACGUUUCCUGUUGAGGUAUACCAUGUAGAAGAUGUGAUUGAACGCACUUUGUAUGUGCUUGAUGACGAUUCACCCUACGCUCUGAGACCUGAACAGUUAGUCAAGGAAGAACAGGCUAAUCUAGCAGUUACUGGUAAAGGAGGGGAGCAGACUCGAGUGGAUGUCUACUGGACAAAGGAAAAUGUGUCCAAAAUUGACAGGACUGACCUCUGUCCAGAUACCUACAGUUUACGCACCCGUAACACUGUGACGAGAAGUAACACGGACCGUAUCAACAUGGAGCUUAUAGUGGAACUGCUGUGUUACUUGGAGAAGAGUCCAGACUUUUCCCAGGUGGAAGGAGCUGUACUCAUAUUUAUGCCUGGUUUGGCAGAUAUCCAAGAACUGUACGAACUUCUAAUGGCUGAUCGGAACUUCACAAAAUCUCAAAGGUACCAAGUGAUUGCCUUGCAUUCCAUUCUGUCAUCAUCAGAUCAGAAUGAAGCUUUCCGAGUUCCACCCCCGGGGAUCAGGAAGGUUGUCAUAGCAACCAAUAUAGCAGAAACUGGUAUUACAAUACCUGACGUGGUCUUCGUUAUUGACACAGGGAAAGUGAAAGAAAAUAGGUACAUGGAGUCGAGUCAGAUGAGUGCUUUGAGAGAGGUGUACAUCAGUAAGGCUAAUGCCAAACAGAGACAAGGACGAGCUGGCCGCGUCAGAGAAGGGUUCUGUUUUAGGAUGUACACCAAAGAGAGAUACCAGGACAUGGCUCCCUAUACUGUACCAGAGAUACAGCGUGUUCCCCUGGAGGAGCUCUGUUUACACAUCAUGAAAUGUGAGCUGGGAGAACCAGAAGACUUUUUAUCUGAGGCCCUGGACCCUCCUAGACCUAAUGUGAUAGCCAGGGCUAUGGGCAUGCUGCACGAGGUAGGAGCAUGUAGGGAGGGAUCCAAGCUGACCCCGUUAGGUCACCACUUGGCAGCACUCCCUGUUCAUGUACGCAUUGGCAAGGUUCUUCUGAUUGGAGCUAUAUUUGGGUACCUGGAACCUGUGGCUGUGAUCGCUGCUGCCAUGACAACAAAGUCUCCAUUUGUAGCUCCUAUACAGAAACUUGACCUUGCCCAGGCUGCAAAAGUGUCCUUGGCAACGGCUGCUUCAGACCACCUAACAGUGUAUAAGGCCUAUCUUGGUUGGCAGCAGGCUAAGAGAGAAGGCGGCCAUGUGGAGCAGCAGUAUUGUCAGAAGUACUUUCUCCGAAGGAAUACCCUCCUGGAGAUAGAGAAUCUAUCCAAUGAUUUGAUUCGGCUUGUAAAAUCUAUAGGAUUUGGAGAAUCUAGACUUUCACACAAAAAGAAAAGCACCAUUGAACCUGGAUCUGUUCUUCAGAUCAGUAAAUCAACGGUAGGCACAAGUACAGACAUUGAUUUAAAAACAGUUGCCAUGGUGAAGGCAGCCAUUGCUGCUGGACUGUAUCCAAAUGUUGCUAAGGUAACAUACAACGCCCCUGUUGAUGCUGCUGCCCAUCCGCGCAGGAACCAUGUGUGUGUCGGUGAAACUGGCCAGGGCCCUGCGGGUGUACAUCCAUCGUCUGUUAACCGAACACUAGCAGCCAACGGGUGGAUAGCAUUUCAAGAGAAGGUGACAACGUCCAAGGUGUACCUAAGGGAGGUUACUCUGGUUUCCCCAUUUUCCCUGUUGUUGUUUGGUGGUGACAUACAUGUUCAGCAUACAGAUCAACUAGUCACUGUUGAUGACAGAAUCUCCUUUACGACAUUUGCUAAAACUGGGGUUAUGUUCCGUGAAUUGAGGAACUUGUUGGAUAAACUUUUGGAAAAGAAAUUAGCGAAGCCUUCACUAGACCUGCUGGGAGACAAGGUUAUUGUCCUGAUAUGUGAGCUGCUGUGGUCGGAGAGGACAAGUAGAUGACCGAGAAGUGAUAUAUAUUUAAUAAAAAUGUUAACCAAGAUAUCAA